AGCUCUUAUUAAACGUCAAAUGUCAAAAUAAACUUCAACUAAAAAUCGCUUAUAAAUUAUGGAAAACGAAGACCAAAGAACGAUUUUCUGCGGAAACCUUUCCACCCGUGUUACCGAAGAGCUUCUCUACGAGUUAUUCCUUCAAGUAGCCCCAUUAGAAAAAGUGAAAAUCCCUGUUGAUAGAGAUGGUAGACCAGGAAGUUAUGGAUUUGUAACUUGCAGACAUGUCCAAUCCGUUCCCUACGCAAUAAGGCUAUUAAACGGGACCGCACUUUUCGAUCGAAGAUUAAAUUUAAAACCGAGAACACCCCAAAACUCUCAACAACAAAAUCACCCAACGGUACCUUCCCAAGUGAAAACACCUCAAAGGAACUUACAGGAGAUGGUUUUAACUGGUCAAUUCCUUGUUAGUAAUAGUAGCAAGCAUUCUUAUGGGGAGUAUUCGCCAGUUGCAAGGCGUCAAUAUGAUCGGAAAGAUCAUCGAAGAGGUCACAGAUAUGAUCAUCACGAAAAUAGACAUGGCAAUUACGGGAAUCAAGGAAGUUAUAAUCGGAGGAGAUUAAGAAUGAAUAAUUAAAAACCAUUUUUUUUUAAGGUUGGAAACUCUUAUUGUAUAGAAAUUAUAAUAAAAAUUAAUA